CGUGGCGGCUGAGGAAGAGGAGGAGGGCAGCGUUCCGGGAGGAUGCCCCGGGCCCUGCUGCGCGACCUGAACGCCGCGCUGUCCUGCAUGCUGUGCGGGGGCUACCUGGUGAACGCCGCCACGCUGGUCGACUGCCUCCACUCCUUCUGCAAGGUGUGCAUCGUGCGCUACCUGGACACCAGCAAGCUGUGCCCCAUCUGCGACGUGCCGGUCCACAAGUCCAGGCCGCUCAGCUGCCUCAGGGUGGACAAGACUCUGCAAGACAUCGUCUACAAGGUGGUUCCUGGACUCUACCAAAAGGAGAUGAAGCAGCGCCGGGAGUUCUACGACCAGUACCCCGACGCAGCUGCCAAAGUGGCUUGCCUAGAGGACCGCGGCGUAGUGGAGGCCUCUAGCAGGCACAUCUUCAGCCCCCAAGACACCGUGAGCGUGUCCCUCGAGUACUUCACCGGCCCGACGGAGACCCUUGAGCCGAAAGACGACGGCAAAGAGGGCGUUGCCGACUCUGCUGAUGGCGCGGUGAGUUGA